AUGGUUAGCAAUGGAACGUUACCUAGGGUUUACGAUUUAUCGAAGAUACAUAAACAGGAUUUCCCAUUCAGAUUGAUCGUUUCUUGCGUUGAUAGUCCGCUAUAUGCUUUGGCAUCUUCUCUUAAUAAACUCAUUAUGAAGAGCAUUCCAAAGUCUGAUACUGGCAUUGAUAAUAGCUUUCAACUUAUCCAAAAAUUAUCGAAUGUACACAUUGACGAUGACUUCUCAUUGAUUUCAUUGGAUGUUAAAUCUUUGUUCACUAAUGUGCCAUUUGAUUUGGGGAUGGACAGCAUUUCCAAACGAUGGGAUGACAUAGCGCCGAAUUGCGACAUCCCUAAGGAAGAAUUCCUGAAAGCUAUUUAUAAACAAACUUUUGGCCUACCCAUGGGUUCUCCGCUGUCCCCGAUUAUAGCGGAUUUGGUGAUGAGGGAUCUCGAGGAGAAGGCGGUUGGGAGCAUAGAUAUUGAUUUACCUUUUUACUAUCGCUAUGUUGAUGAUAUAGCUUUGGCCGUCCCUCAUGAUAAAAUCAAAAAUAUUCUCGGGACAUUCAAUUCUUUCCAUCCGCAUCUACAAUUUAUUUGUGAGAUUGGUGGGGGGGAGUUAAGUUUUUUGGAGAUUACCAUGAAAGUUGUAAAUGGAGUUAUGCACUUCGAUUGGUACCAUAAGCCGACCUUUUCUAGAAGAUAUUUGAGUUAUCUAUCACAACAUCCCUUAUCCCAGAAGAGAGGCAUAGUUUACGACUUAGUAGGUAGAGCCUUCUCCUUGUCGCACCUUCAAUACCAACAAAAAAAUUUAGAAUCUGCAGUUUCCACAUUGCUGAGUAACGAUUAUCCUCUCAACCUGAAUAGAUUGGAGAGGAUAAUCCGAGCUCAGAAAGACAAGAACUCCUUGGAAACAUGUAAAACUGUUGUUUAUAAAAUCGAAUGCGACAAUUGCGAAAAAUGUUACGUGGAGCAGACCAAGAGACAAUUGAAGACUAGAUUGAGCGAACAUCGUAGUCACAUUCGCAGGAAUACUAAUACUAAUCCGUCAUUACAGAUCAUUUUGGACUCCAAUCACGAUUUUUCUUGGGACAAAGUUAAAAUACUUAAUACGGAACGUGACUGCGAAAAACGCUUGAUUUCGGAAAUGCUGUUCAUCAAAUUACAAAAAGAUAACACACUAAACCUACAGAUAGAUACGGAAUGCCUUCAUCAUUCGUACGUCUCUGUUCUCGACAAAUUGUAA